AACUCAGAAAAAAAUAGAAAGGAGAGGAGGAAAAAAAACUGCAGGGGUUGUUAUGGAGUUCGUGUGAAAGAAAAACGGAUUUCCACCCUUCUUUACCAGUUAAACCAGUAUCUCUGGAUAGAACACACUCAAGUACUUCAACAGGUAGAGUCUCUGAACGCAAACUCUUUCGUGGCUCCUCUGAAAAAUAAUCUCCCCCCUUUUUCUCUCUCCGUUUACCUCAAUUGAGUUUCAGCCCUUUUGUUCGCUCUUCUUAUCACUUGGAAAAAGGUGAACCCUCGUGUUAUUUUUUUAUUUUAAUCUUUGCUUUAAUUGUAGUUUUUACCCUUGUGGUCCCUGAUGGCUUCGCACAGUGAUACUCUGGUGGUGUUCUUUGGGGCAACAGCUGGUGCAAAUGGGGGUAAACUGGGUUCGGAUGAGAGGGAAAUAAUUCUCUUGGUGUGGCAAAUUGUGGAUCUACAUGAGAAAAAGGUCGGGAAGCUUCAUAGAUGUCUUGUCAAGCCAGACACUUUAGAGCUGACAGACCAGUGUAAAGAGGAGACAGGACUGACUGUGGAAGACCUCGUUAAAGCUGAGCCCCUGGACAAAGUUCUGCAACAGUUCCAGCAGUCAGUGUCAUCAGAAGUGAAAUGCCUCGGCAGAAGCUCUUUCACACUUUGCGUCAACAGUCCCCUUGUCAUCCGACAGGCCCUCCACCCCGAAGCUUCCAAAAAGAAUCUUGUCCUUCCUGAAUGUUUCUUUUCAUUUGUGGACAUAAGGAGGGAGUUUCACAAAUGCUGCCCCAGUGCCAGCCCCUUGCAGAAGCUCACACUUGCCUCCAUGUUAGAAUAUGUUGGUCUUCCUGCUGUGUCAGAGCAGUCGAUGGGGGCGAGGGAGGUGAGCAGCAUGGUGCAGCUCACACUUCACAUCCUGGCUGAGCCCUACAACCACAAGUUCUCCUGUGUUGAAACCGUGAAGUACAAGUUUGAUUCCGGCACAUGCAGCAAGACAGAGCCAGUAGACAGUGAGACAGUGAUCCGAGCACGGGGGCUUCCAUGGCAGUCUUCAGACCAAGACAUUGCUCGCUUCUUUAAAGGCCUCAGUAUUGCCAAGGGUGGCGUGGCCUUGUGUCUUAAUGCUCAAGGCAGAAGGAACGGCGAGGCCUUAGUUCGUUUCAUCAACUCCGAACACCGAGACCUGGCCCUGGAACGCCACAAGCACCACAUGGGUAGCCGCUACAUCGAGGUCUACAAGGCCACAGGAGAGGAAUUUCUAAAGAUUGCUGGAGGUACAUCUAACGAGGUGGCCCAGUUCCUGUCCAAAGAGAACCAAGUGAUUAUUCGUAUGCGGGGCUUGCCCUUCACCGCAACACCCCAGGAAGUACUGUCCUUCCUUGGUCCUGAGAGCCCAGUAACAGAUGGUGCAGAGGGUCUGCUCUUUGUCAAGUACCCUGAUGGACGGCCCACUGGUGAUGCCUUUGUGCUCUUCUCUUGUGAAGAGUACGCCCAGAAUGCCCUGAAGAAGCACAAGCAGAUCCUGGGGAAGCGGUAUAUCGAGCUGUUUCGGAGUACUGCGGCCGAGGUGCAACAGGUCCUGAACCGCUAUAUGUCCGCACCUCUGAUCUCCACACUGCCUCCUUCACCCAUCGUGCCUGUCCCGGUCCUUGCCACGCCUCCAUACCUUCAAGCGGCCAGCAGCACUCGCGACUGUGUCCGCCUUCGUGGUCUGCCCUACACUGCCGGCAUUGAAGAUAUCCUGGAGUUCAUGGGAGAGCACACCGUAGACAUCAAACCACACGGAGUCCACAUGGUCCUCAACCAACAGGGUCGCCCCUCUGGUGAUGCUUUCAUCCAAAUGAAAUCACCUGACAAGUCAUUUAUGGUGGCCCAGAAGUGCCAUAAAAAGACCAUGAAGGACCGUUAUGUCGAGGUGUUCCAGUGCUCCACAGAGGAGAUGAGCAUCGUGCUGAUGGGAGGAACCCUGAACCGCAGCGGCCUCUCCCCUCCACCCUGCAAGCUUCCCUGUCUGUCUCCCCCCACAGCCUAUGCUGCCUUCCCCACCCCCCCUACCAUUCUCUCUGAGGCGGCCCUCUACCAGUCCCCCCUGCUGGCUGCUCCCAGACCACCUCACACCGUCACACACAGCCCUGCUCACACUCUGGCCUACUACCCUCCUCAUCCACAUCUGUACAUGAAUAUGAACAUGAACUACACAGCUUACUACCCCAGCCCCCCAGUUUCUCCUUCCACAGUUAGCUACUUUGCAGCUCCACCGGGAGCAGUGGCAGCCCAACCCCACCCUGCUGCAGCUGCCGGCUCUUCUGUGCUGCCUCAACCUGGCGCCCUGGUCAGGAUGCAGGGCCUGCCCUACAACACUGGAGUCAAGGACAUUCUCAGCUUCUUCCAGGGAUACCAGCUCCAGCCAGACGCCGUUCUCAUCUUGUACAACUUCAGCGGCCAGUGCAGCGGCGAGGCCUUGAUCACCUUCCAUAGUGAGGAGAUCGCCAGGCGGGCCGUAGCCGAGCGCUCCAACCACCCCUUCUACGGCCAGCAGGUCCACUUGGUCUUAUGUAACUGACCGCUAGCCGUUGAUCUCUCUCUCCCCCGACGCCCCGUAAUUUAACCUCCCAUUGAAGAGCACUCGCCUCCCAAAAGCAUAUUAUGCAGCAGCAGUUUUUCCAGUUGAUCCCAGGGCCACUUAAAACAGCUAUUUAACUUCUCCCUUUCCCCGUGAUCUGCCAUCAUGAAUACACAGCUGUUUGGACAUCACUGGUGAAGCAGCUGAAGUCAGUAAAGCUUCAUCUUGGGCUAAUGACUUUGAGGAUGUCCAGAUAGCAUUUCUGUGUAUUUGUGCCUGUGUAUUUGUGAGAUAAGAUGGUGUGGAGCCUGGACAAAUAUGCAUAUAUGCCCCCCCCCCACCCCAAUAUGUCUGUACAGAUGUUUAUCCUGAAAUGCUUGAGGCUGUACAAACCACUUCUGCACAUGAUCAUUUUUGUAUAUUUCUAAAAUUUCCCUCUUAACCACUACAAUACUUUGACUUUCCAGAGUUUAUUCUCCUUUGUGUUAGCUCUAUGCAAACACAGAUGUGUGUAUGUGCAUACGCAAUGUUUAAGUUGAUGGCCUCCAGCAGUGUAGUGGUGCCAUUAAAAAGAGAGAGAAAGAAGCCAUAAAGACUACUGAAACAACAGAGGGAAUAUCUAACUGUAGUUCUCAACUGUAAUGGAUUUAUUUAACCCAACGUUGAGCUGCAGCGACUAUUAGUUAAAACUACAGCAACACCACAGAUGUGCCAGCGUACCAACUAAUUUGUAACUGUUUUUUUUUUUUUUUCUGUAAAAAGCAUUUAUGUGUAUACUUACGGUAUGUCAUCCCAUUUAGAUUUUUUCCAAGCACUACAGAUUGAUUUGCUCUAAUGUAAGCGUUAAGUGACAGAGCGUCUUUAAUGGAGUACGACAAACUGAUUCUAUUUUUAUUAAUCCCAUUUCCCUACGCAUUGUUUUGAGGUUUUGUUAUGAAAUAUAUAAAGUCAGAGGCGUAUCUUGAAGCCUUUUAAAAUGAUCGACCUCAGCUACUAGAUCUCCGUUUUGGUUUCCAGACGAUUUAUAACGAUCAGUCUGUAGCUGCUUUAAUUCCUGCUUAUGACCAUAUUACUGUGUAAAAGCUGCAUGAGUUUUUCUGUGGCAGGCUGGCUGACAGCUGCCCCCCCCACCCCUCUUUACCAUGCCUACAUUACCCAGAGUGCAAUACUGGCCCAAACAGCUAGGUCAUCCUCUGGUGGCAGAGGAGAUAUUUCUUUUGUUGCAAGUUUGUCACUUGUAUGAAUUUAGAUCUGUGUAAGACUAUACACAAUAAAUAAUGUUGACAAUG